UGUCUUGUUUGAAGUAAGCCCAUCCUGGCUCUGCAGAGCAUCAAACCAAGACGUAGAUUUCGAUGAAGUAUUUGCAUCACAUAAAUAUUAAAAAGACAUCAAUCAUGGAAUAUUUCGCUGCUAUUCUUCGCUUUAUUGAGUUUUACUAUUCCAUGGCCAACAAUCCAUCCAUUGCUGCGAUUGCCUACGGCUGUUCUGGAAAGUCUGAGUUCGUUGUCUCCUCGCUUGAGUUAAUGAACAUUGCCACAACCUCCUCUCUAUACUGUUCUGGACAGCUAGAAAUCCUCAAUGCCCUGGAACAGGCCUUCACAUCAAAGAUAGCGCGAAUACUACAAAACAAUUAUGACUGUUCAUCGGGAGUAAACCUAUUGAACGGACUGACCUGUGCUCUGUGCUGUGGUUAUUACUCACAGUCAAUUUCUGCGGAAUUGGAAAUUGUCGUUCUUAAUUCUGUUCAUUGGAUAUAUCCUAACACCAAAUCUGUUUAUCGCACGGACCCAGCGGACCAAUUCGAUUGGCUUAAACAGAAACUGCUCAACUUAAAAAAGAGAGGAAAAAAAGUAUUGAUUUUGUCCCACGUGCCUCCUGGACAUGAGCCCAACGUGACAAGAAUGUACAACGUCCCCAAAUUCAACACCCGAUUGACAAAUCUACUCGGACAAUACGAAAACAUUAUUGUGGGAGUGUUGUGUGGACAUCUUCACCACGAUGCUAUUUUUGCAGAUCCACUUGUUUUAACGAAGGCAAUAUACGCAGCUCCCUCACUGUCGAGGCUAACAGGGGACCCUGGUGUGCGUCUUUAUUCGUAUAAUCGGAAUACUGGGGAAAUUGUCAACUAUCAGCAAUUUUAUAUGACUGAGGAACGUGGAUGGGUUGUGCACACACAAAAUUCAGUUUAUGGUGUUUUGGGGAACAGUGCUGAAAUUCUCAGGCAGGCUGUAAAAGAAAAUAUAUGCACUUACAUAAGAUUUUUCACUUAUUUAGAAGAUAAGACAGAAAUGUGCGAUAAAAUGUGCAUUCAAUCGAUUUACUGCGCAAGUCUGUCUCUUUCCCCCGAGAAAUACAACGCCUGCAUGAAAUAUGACUUUUACUAUAAAUUCCUGGAAGAUAUUAAAUGCUGA